GUUGUGAUCAGGCUUGAGUUCGUGAUUAUGUGGACAGAGAAAAAAUAUAAAACGACAUAGCAGUACAGCCAUAACUACGCUGAAGGCUAGUCUACCUGUUGAGAGCCAGCCUCACCCAUUUUACCUGUCUCAGUUAAGACGAUUGAUAAGAACUUUCGGAUCGUUCGUAGAGGAAACACAGCGCUGACUGGAAGGCUUCAGAAAGGGGUACAACUGUUGUACAUAGGUGUUGCCGUCCGUAUUUCUGGUCAGAUACUCUUCAGUUCUUCGUAAAGGGUGUUGAAUUACUAUACGACGUCAAGAUGAUGAGCGACCCGAAAUACACGCCGGCGACCCUUCAAUAUUACCGGACCAGGUACAUCAGGGAAUACAGAGCAAUUUGUGUUCUCUGGGGCGUUUUGACGAUCAUAUUUUGCAUUUUAAACGUAGUAUGUUUUGUCCAGCCCCAGUGGAUAGGGGAUACACACACGACAGUGGGAUACGGACAUUUUGGACUGUAUCGACAUUGUGAACCAUCCACUUACACCUUUCCCAACGAAGAAUUUCGCUACAUAUGUAAAGGAAAUUUCGCCGUGUUCUCCGAGAUCCUGAAUGGUUCUUUCAAGGCAGCGACGUUUUUCGUGGGCAUGUCGGCCCUGCUGAUGUUGCUGUGUGUCGCUGGUAUUAUGCUGUUCUUCUGCUUCAAGAGGCGUUGGGUGUUUAUCCUCUGUGGAAUAAUCCAAGUAGUGUGUGCUGUGUUUAUGUUCCUUGGCUGUGUCAUUUAUCCAUCUGGCUGGGAUCACCAAAGGGUCGUCGACUUAUGCCGUCAUUCGGAGGACCCUGACAUGGAAGUUGGAAUGUACAAACUUGGAGCAUGUGGGAUCAGGUGGGCAUACAUCCUGGCCAUUUUGGGAAUUAUUGAUGCCGCUGUCCUAGCUGCAUUAGCCUUCGUUCUGGCGACCAAGACAGCCAAGCUCAUGGAUGAAUAUCACCUAACCAAUGGAAUGGUCUCCAAAUCUGAGUUUAAUGGUUAUGCUGGUGACACCAUGUCCAGACGAUCCAUGCCAAUUCAACCAAUGGUCACUGUUCCGGACAAUGACCAAGUGGAUCGCUACUCCGAGUACUCUCACAGGUCUGAGAAGUCCAAGCGGUCAGCGGCAAACAACUUCCAGUUGUAAACAACUGACCAUUGCUUUAAAGGGAUUAGAGUAUCUUUACGCAUCACAGAAAACCUUUGUUUCCAAAUGCUGGUCAUUGUUGCAAAGAUGAAAGCUAGUUAGACCGUAUUACCAACAAUGGCGGAUAAACCCAUUUACAUUAAGUCAUGUGAUAUGAAUAUAAUUUUUGUCUAUUGAACCUGCAUAACAGUGAUGCAAAGCCGAGUCUGUGUACAAAAAAUAAAGCUCUGAAUCUUGCUUCUGUCAUUUGAUACGCUGUGCUGUGCUACACCAAUACAUUCUUUCCAAAUACUUACCAAGAUCCAAAUGGAUCCAAAUAAAAACUGGAUAAUGCUGGACAACAAAAGCUCGUGUAUUGGGGCUACUGUUCUUGUGGUUUAUCUCCUUCGAUCGCUUUGUUGUAGACUGAAAUUUAAAUCAACCAGAUAUCUCUUAUGCAGAUGGUAACUUCUGGUAGGCCAAGCUAGCCAUAAUUAUGUGUAAAUAUCACCAGUAUAUUGUAUAACUUAUGGUGUUUUUCGUUUUGAAACCAUGUAUUCCUGAUGUGAAAAUGGAAAAGGUUUACUAAGCACAUAGACUUAAUGCCCCAAAUGGUCAGAAUGUUCUAGUGUAUGAUUUACUUUUAAGAAAAUCUAUAAUUGUAAAGGAGCUUUUGCUUAUGUAUACUUAAAACAUACAAAUAUCCUGUCAUAUUACCAUAUAUACACAAUUUACCAACUUUACUUCAGUUUUAACCAAAUUUUUUUCUUGUGUGAUAACUUUAUCUAUUUGAUAACUACUGAAUUUAAUGAAGUAAUCUUGGGAAUGGGAGUUCUGUCUGAGGGAAUGUUUUAGCAAGUUUAUACUAUUUUCCAGAAAAUAAUUGUAUAUAUGAGGAAUAUACGAGUAAUCAUUUAUAUUUUAUAUAUUCUACAUGAUCAUAUUUGUAUAUAAGAGAAUGCAAUGAUUCCCUUCAGUUUUUUUUUAUUACUUGCAUGUUUAUAGCUUUUAAAUGAACUUGAAAAAUGUUCCCAAUAUAUUGUAACUACUCGUUGGCUAUGUCAAAGGUGUACAAAGACCAAGGGUUGUUGAUAAACAUCUCCUGUUUUCCCUUUCGCCUGAGUUGUAAAAUGUCUCAAAAGAACGACUUUGUAUCGCUAUCUACAUCUGUUUCUAGAUUAUAACCUAUGAUACAUUUUUAUAAGGUCUAUUUCUAAGGUUUUUUGUGAAGUUUUUUUUUACGACAAAAACAUAAAAUGCUAAUUUAUCACAACUGUCUUGAAAUUUAUGGAAACCUAUGUAAAGCAGACAAAGCCACAAAAUUUCCUGGUGCCGAAACACCUAUCACGAAAAACGGCUGUGGUCUUGUUGGCUUGAAUAUGUUUCAGUAAAUACCAUGACACGGGGAUUUGAGUUGGUCGAUGUAAAUUUAUGUAGCAAUAUACGUAAAGCAACAACUGGAUCAAGUCUUUUAAUAAAGCGUUGUAUGACAA